GUAUACGCUAGUCGCUCGCGGUCAUCCGUGAUGAUCCGUGAGUCACGAGCGUGUGGGGAAAGAGGGUCGACGAUGACCCGACGACGACGCCAGCGUCUUCCGUAGGCCACGCUAGCCCCGCGUACACGCCGCACGCCGCCCGUCGUCGCGACGCCACGCACUCCUCCUCCUCGGAGGAGCGUUCCGCGCCGCUGUUCGCGUAGACGCUUUCGCGCCUCCACUCCGCGUCUCUCGUCGCCGCGAGGAAACGCGGCGGUGGCCUGGUGGCGUUGAUCGCGUUUCCUCGUCCCGAGAGCCCGAUGCGCUCCUCCCCGCGAGACCAUGGCAUCGGUGAAGGUGGCCGUGAGGGUUCGACCCUUCAACAAGAGAGAGGUAGCGAUGAACGAGAAGCUGAUUGUGCAGAUGAGCGGCAAGAGGACGCGGAUCUUCAGCACCAAGGUGAGCACCAUUUCGCCAGCGGCGCGCGUCACUUCCAUCCGCCCUUGUCGAAAUGUACGGGGGGGUGGCACCUCUGCUUUCCUUAUCAUUCAGCACCACGCAACAUUCUUGAGUAAUCGGAUUAUCGUAUAAUGUUGCUGCAGGAAAGUUACCGUCGUCGCGUCUCCAUCCAAAGAAAAAAAAAAUCACAAAACGAUCGGGCUUAUAUUAUUGAUUGUGCGACGGUUUUCUUAUUGUUAGCCGCAAUGGUGAAUUUGUGAUGUUAUUAUACAAUUGUUACCUAUUUUUUAUAGCCUUCUUUUAUAGCCUCGUGACGGAGUUCGCAGAAUGCUAAGUUUUGUAACGCAAUUUUUUACAUUCACUACGAUUUUGCGGCCUCAGAAAUGUUUUAUUACAUCACAAUUUUAAGAAACUUGUGAUUAAGUGUCGAUCUUAAAUCUCUUAAAAAACUGCGAUGAUGUGAUCGAGUAGGUAUUUUUCAGCCUGAAACCAUAUCCAGAAAAUAAAGAAUAAUAAUUCUUUUCUUUGGAUUCUUUUGCUGGACUGUAUAGUAAUAUAAUAUUUAAUUUCCGUUGAGAAUCAUUAUGAUUGUUGUUAUUGUUACCCAGCAGCUGAUCCGAGCAGCUGCACAAACGCGACGGUAAAAUUCCGAGUAUGAUUAUUAUCAAUCGAGGUCAGCAGCUCUCGCACGGACGAUUUUCGCGCGCAGAUUGCCUGGUCUCGGAGCCGGUUUCGAUCUUGUUUCACAGGAACGCGAAAUCAAUCCCUACGUAGCGGAUGUUCCAGAGGAGACGGAAAACAGAGGGUACAUGGAGGGGUGGGCAAAUUACUGAGGCGCGGCGAAAAAAAGUCUAAAAUUUUACUAUGUUCGUUUUCUUAUAUUUCUUGGCAAUGUAAAACUCAUGAAAACUUCACGGAACUUUAGACCAGCGUUUCAAUUUUGAUAAUAAAGUUUCUUCUUUCCCUAUUCGAUACACUAAACAUCUUUUUGCAAAAUAUGAGCCUUUUAAUGAUUGCGACCUUCUAGAGAUUUAAUCUCGUUGAUCUGAAUUAGAGAAAACAUCGAGGCAAUCCUUGAACA